AAGAAAAGUAAUGUAAAAUGUCUUCUUAAAUUGAAAAAAUAAUUUUUUCCCCUAUUAUUUGUUUUCUUUUUAUCUCUUUCUUCACCUGCUUGUCUGAUGCUAUUAAACAUUAAAAUUUAUUGAGGAAUUUCUUCCCAUAUUAAACUUGCAGCCGCUUUGUGCAAAUAUUGCUUUCGGCCGUAUAAUACUAAAGUGGUUGAGAAUUUCCUCGUAAAACAUAUACUUUGAAAAAUUUACAAAUAAUGAGUAUUAUAGCUGAUUAUUCUGUUCCACAUUCAAUUCAGUUUGAUUGCCACAAGCUCUGCCUAUAAUGUUAAUUAGGUAUGGAUGCUUUCAAAAAAGGAUGGUUCACUGAAACAGGUACAUUAAAUGGAGAUCAAGCAAUAUCUAUUGAAGUAAAGAAUAUUUUAUAUCACGAAAAAUCAAAAUAUCAGGAUAUUCUUGUAUUUGAUAGUAACAGGUUUGGAAGGGUUUUAGUUUUGGAUGAUGCCAUCCAGUUAUCAGAAUCUGAUGAAUUCUCCUACCAAGAAAUGAUAACUUUCUUACCUCUGAACUCUCAUCCAAAUCCUAAAAAAGUUUUGAUUAUCGGAGGUGGUGAUGGUGGAGCUGUUAGGGAAGCUGUUAAACAUCCUUUGGUUGAAUCUGUUACCAUGUGUGAAAUUGAUGAAAAAGUGAUUGAAGUAUCCAAGAAAUAUCUACCUUUUAUGGCCAAAGGUUUUGAUAGCCCAAAACUUACUUUAUACAUUGGAGAUGGUGCACAGUUUAUGAGAAACCAUCAACAUGAAUUUGAUAUUAUAAUCACAGAUUCAUCUGAUCCAAAAGGUCCAGCUGUUUGCCUUUUUCAGAAACCUUAUUAUGAAUCAUUAAAAAAAGCUCUUAGACCAGGAGGAAUUAUUUGUUCUCAAGGUGAAUCAUUCUGGUUUGAUAGGAAGCUGUUGUCAGAAAUGAUAAAAAUGUGCAAGACAAUCUUUCCUGUUGUUGAUUAUGGUUCAUCAUAUGUUCCUUCAUAUCCUGGAGGCCAAAUUGGGUAUUUAUGUUGUUCAACUUCUCCAGAUACCAAUUUCAGGCAGCCACUGAACAGAUUUUCAAAGGAGACACUUAAAGAGCUUAAUCUGAAAUAUUAUACUCCUGAUACCCACCAAGCUGCGUUUGCUUUGCCAUUGUCAAUUGCAGAAGAACUAGGAUUAGAAUGGGAGGUUAAGUAAAAAAAAAAAACUUACACUUACAAGUGUAAAUGAAAGAAGGUUGUAUAAUAGAGCUAUGAAAUACUGUAGUGUUGGGCUUAGCCGAAGUAUUGGUAGACGCAAAUUUAUUUUUAGCCAAAAAUAUUAUCUCUAUUUUGCUCUGUGAUUUACAAAUUUGCUUAAAAUAUUUUCAUCUAGAGAACAGGCAUUUUGUCAUCCUGUAUUUUAUAUUUAUUCUUGUACAGAUGAAGAUAUAGUUUUAUAAGUAUCCAUACAAUUAAUGACAUUUUGAAAUUUAUCAGUUCAACUUUUUCUUCCUUUCUUGUAAAAUUAAUAUUUUACUAUGAGAUAUUUUUCAUGAUAAUUUAAAUACAUUUUUUUUUAUGGAAAAUUAUUACCAUUUUCUUACUAGUUAGGUACAUACUUAAUGUUAGAAGUCUGUUAUAAAAUCAAAUAUUUUGUACGCAUUAAUAAAAAUAUACUCUAAAAUUAAGAAAGCAGAUAAAUUUUAUAAUUUAACAAAUUGAUGGUCCUGAAAUUAAAUGGUUGUUUGAAAUAUGUAUGGGGUAAAUGAAGCUCUUUGUGAAUCAUGGCUUUUUUAAUGUAAGUGAUCAAUUAGUUUGAUUAUCGAGUAAAAAAUUUGCGUUCUUGAAUAUUUAAGAAUAAUUUAAUUACUCACAAAUGAAAUUUUUCUUUGAAGUUAAAUUCAUUAGAUAAUUUUACAUUAUUUCCUUUUUUAAGUUUAUAAAAUUGUUUCAGAAAAUUAAACAGAACUGGAUAUGAUGGAAUGUUAAUCCAUCAGUUGUGAAUAUGAAAGUCGGGUAUGAAUCAAAUCAUAAUCAUUACUUACAAAAUAUUUGAUUUUAAAAGAAAUUCACUUGCUUUACUUUAUUGUGAUAAAGAUGGUCCUAUGUAUUUAAACAUAUUUAUAAAAUAAUAUUGUCAAUUGUUCUUAGUAUCUUUAAGAAUAUGCAUAAAUUCGGAUAUUUUUCUAACAUACUUUUACACUGUUAUUAUUUUAUUUUUGAGUCACAAAGAUAUUCUAAUAAAGAUGCCACUUAAUUUAGAUAGAACUUUACAUUUUUGUAUGCAAGAUAUUUUUUCUCCCCUCAUUUUAAUCAAUUGAAACUGAUGUGUUUUAAGACACAAUUUUUUUAUAAAGUCAUCUAGAAAACAGGCUACAUUUUAUAAAAUAACAGUGAUGUUAUAAAAGUGACCUUGAAUUGAAAUUUAUCUGCAUAAAUGUAUAAAGGUUACAAAAUAGCUCAAAUUUAAUCAUACCCUUCAUUUGUUUGGCUCAAUUUAAAUGCUUUUUUCAAUUAUUAAACAUAUGUUUUAUAUUAUUUGUAUAAUUUCAUGUUGAAAAGCCUGGAUUUUUAAAAAAAAUUAAUCUUGUGAUGAAAAUGUCAAUUUUCCUUCUAAUUAUUGAAUAUUUUAUACAUAUAUUUCUUUUGUUGCACAAUUAUUUAAAUUCAGGGUAUAUUUGUUUUCAGCACAUUAUCUAAUGCUGGUAUUUUCAUGUAUUAAAGCUUUUAUUUUUAUUGAUAGUUCCAUAUUUUAUUGCCUUGAAACAAGCAUAAUUUUUUUGGAAUAAUUUCUUGCUGGGAUACUUUUUAUUUUUUAAUAA